AUGUUAAUUGUUCCAAGUGAACUAACAAAAUCGAGUAGGAAACUCACUUUCCUGUAUUUAGCAAACGAUGUCAUUCAGAACAGCAAGAGGAAAGGUCCUGAAUUUACUAGGGAAUUUGAAUCUGUUCUUGUGGAUGCUUUUUCUCAUGUUGCCAGAGAAGCAGAUGAGGGCUGCAAAAAGCCCUUGGAACGACUGCUCAACAUCUGGCAGGAGAGGAGUGUGUAUGGCAGUGAGUUCAUUCAGCAGCUGAAACUUUCCAUGGAAGACUCCAGCAGCCCCCAGACAAAAGUUGCAGAGGAGAAGAAGUCUUUAAAGCGGACUUUUCAGCAAAUCCAAGAGGAGGAAGAUGAUGAUUACCCCGGGAGUUACUCGCCCCAAGACCCCAGUGCUGGGCCCCUGCUGACUGAGGAUCUGAUCAAAGCCCUCCAAGACCUGGAAAAUGCAGCAUCAGGAGAUGCAACCGUGCGGCAAAAAAUCGCCUCUUUGCCUCAGGAAGUUCAAGAUGUUUCAUUACUGGAGAAAAUUACAGACAAAGAGGCCGCCGAGCGCCUGUCGAAGACGGUGGACGAGGCGUGUCUGCUGCUGGCCGAGUACAACGGGCGGCUGGCGGCCGAGCUGGAGGACCGGCGGCAGCUGGCGCGCAUGCUGAUCGAGUACACCCAGAACCAGAAGGACGUGCUGACUGAGAAGGAGAAGAAGCUUGAAGAAUAUAAACAGAAGCUUGCUCGGGUAACCCAGGUCCGCAAGGAGCUGAAAUCCCACAUCCAGAGCCUUCCAGACCUGUCCCUGCUGCCCAAUGUCACGGGAGGUCUGGCUCCUCUGCCAUCUGCUGGUGACCUGUUCUCAACAGACUAGAACCAACAGUGUCCCCCAGUUUCCAUUGUUACCAGCAGAAGUAAGAAGACUCUGGUGUUGACUGGAAACCCAGUCUUCCAAGCUCUACAAUAGGAAGGAACUUGCAGACCCUGCUUUGAGCUCUUGGCUGCUGAUGCUUCCCCUCUCUGGGGUGCACUGGCUCACAGGGAGGGGAGGAAGAAGAGCGAGUGUUUGUGAGCUCUGAAGGGAGUGGGGAUAGUCUGUCUAGGCAAACUUUUCUCAUAUUUUCCCAUACUCUUUAGUUGCUGUUUGCUCUUAGCACUUGUUACCCCCACGAAAGUCGUGAGAAUCAUGUACAUACCUACCUGGAAAGCUUUCAAGGAAAGGUUGAGCAUAUAUUGUUUUUCUCUGUAAAAGUAUUGUAUUAUUUCUGAAU